GGAGGGGGCCUGAGAGCACAGGCAACACCGUUGCUGGACACAGACCAACCUCCUGAGACGAAGUGGCCACCAUGACUCACCAAAACAUGGGCGAUACGGUGAAACUCGUUGGAGCUAUGAUGCGCCUUCGACACAACACCAAGUUCAAGGGAGGAGGGCUAGAUUUGGGCGAAGCACCAAGCUCGGUGGCGUCACCAAAGGAGCACCUAGAAUUCCUCCGGCUGUUCCGAGACCAGAUGCGCCAGCGUCAGGAGGAAGGGGAAGCACACCCUCACCGCGGCGCGGAGAUGGCCGGGGAUGAAGACAUGCUGGCGGCCAACUUUGCCGAAGCCCAGAUCCGGGCUCUGGUGAACAACGAGCUCGAGGCAUGCGUUGUGCUCCACGAGAGUAAGGAGUUCUGGCAGCAUCGCCUUGAUAGACUGGGCGCGAACAUCCUUAACUGGAUAGAGAUGGGUCCGUGGACUUGGAAGACUCACACCACUCGGGAUUGCUGGGAGUACUACCUGGGGAGUCUCAGCCGCUGCAGGCGUCUCCUCAGAAACAAAAUCGCCUACAUGGAAGGCACGUUGAGCGAGUGGACGGCAGCAGCGUUGGUACUGAUCCAACGUACCCUAGAAGCCUCCGCCGACGGAAUAACCCGGGUGAGUAGCACCACCAGCGGAGGCAGCAGCACCAGCCGCAGACGCAGCCGCAGCAGCCACCCCCGCCGCUCGCUGGCAUCGGCGUUGACAUCAAGAGACUGCAGCCCCACACAUAGGAAUGGUAUAUGGCGUAGGGUCGGGAGCGAUGGGUCUAGUGUUGCGGAACACAAAAGGGUUCAGUCGGUGCUGCGGCGAGUGUUGAGCUUGGGCCGACGAGACCGACAUGCUCAAGAGUUCGCUCAAGGCGGGAGUGGAGACGGAGAUGACGGUCAAUCUGAAGGCGGUCAACAGCAGGUGGAAAACAGUCAAGGACAAGAAGAUGCUACUGAAGAAGGAGAUGCGACGACGGCUCACGAUUGCGUCAAGAACGGUGGAGACAAACCUGCUGCAUUCAGAACUAGCAUCGAGGGCACCUCGGACGGUAGCAACCGCGAUCCCGGGGGACCCCCGUCACCUGUACCACCAGGCCCGGAAGAGGAGGAGACUGGACUGGCGAGAGCGGACUUAGCCGAUCUUCUAAGAGAUGCUCAAGAGGGGAUGGAGGCGGGUAUCGGGGCAGGGCAAGGGGGGGACAUCAUCGGAGCCUUGUUGAGAACAUCGGAGGAGCUAGUUGCUACGGUCGAGACGCAGCAGAAGGCGAGCAAAACAGGCUUGAUGUCAGCGAACUGA